AUGGGGUCAGCUGACCCCAUCCUGAUAAAAUUGAAGAUCAUCAUAAUUCCUCCAACGAUGGGUAGUAUGAAGGUGAAAGGGCUUCUUAAAGGCCUCAGAUAUAUCUCUCAAGUUUUUGAGGAAGACAAAAAACAGGAAAUACAAAUUGGUGGUCCCACAGAUGUAAAGCAUUUGGCUCAUGUAGGAUGUGAUGGACCAGCACAAGAAUCCCCCAGCUGGAUGAAAGGAUAUGGUACACCUGAUCAAUUCGCAUCAUCCGACCUAAGUGAUGGCCCUGAAUGGGUUUCUGAAGAUUCAGGGCAAAAGGUGUCUCGAAGAGACAAGAUAAAAGCAAGACAUCGCCGGCAUCGAUCAGUGGAAAAUAUGAACUCGGAGAGCAAAGAGGCAACCAAAGCAAGGCAGCCCAGAAGACACCACACACGCGGUGCGGAAGGCCGACACGCCGGGGAUGAGGCAUUGCCCGAAGUCCCAAAAAGGACUCGGAAAAAGAAACCAAAGGAUGGGUCAGGUGACGAGGCAUCAAAAGUAUCAAAGUCUAAAGCACCAGACGACAUUACCGAUCAAGAAUAACAACAAAACAAUAUAUAUCCAGCUAUGAUGUAUUUUGAUGUUGGUUACUGGUAUCUUAGAUUUGUACAAAAUUAAUUAAUUUCUGUAUAUUUUCUAAUUUGGUCGUUUAAUUUUCAAAAUCACUACUAAACAACUAUAUAAUUAAUAUUGUGACAAAC